AUGGCUAUGGAUGAAUUUUCGGAAGAAGGUAUUUCACCCAAAAGUUCCCUAAAGGCUAUUUAUGAGACUUUAAAAUUUGAGCUUUUUCACAUGGCUGAUAGAUGGCUGAGUAAAGGUGUUGGUAUAGAUGCAGCAGAGUUUUCCUCUUGCAGGUCGAUGUCAGAUGGAAAGCCGGAAGAGGAUGUAGACGAAUUUGCAGCAAAAUGUUUUGAGUCUGAUUUGGAAUUAAAUAUCCAGUUGAAUUGUCUUUGCGGUAUGAAUGAGAAAAAAUCUGUAGUGAUCCUGAAGAGGAUGACUCGGAAGUUGACCUUGGUUUGUUGGGGCGAUUUUAACAUUAUUCGGAGUGAUGAUGAGAAAGUGAGUGGCAUUUUCAGGGCAUCUCUUGCUAAAGUAGAGUUUAAUUCGGCUAUUCAAGAAUAUGGUCUGAUUGAUUUGCCAUGGGCUGGACAGCGUUUGUCAUGGUGUAAUGGCAGACUAGGAAGUCGUCGGGUUUGGGCGAGGCUGGACAGGGUUUUGGUGAAUGUGGAGCUCAUGAAUUUAUUUGAGGGUGGCCGUGUUGAAUACCUUUCGAGGACUACAUCGGAUCUUUGCCCGAUGCUUGUAUCGUUGUUGCGUGAGAGGAUAUGUGGUGCUAGGCCUUUCUGUUUUCAAAGGAUGUGGGGUUCACACGAGUAUUUUCUACUAGUGGUGAAGGAAUGUUGGAGCCAAUCGGUCAAGGGUUGUCCUAUGGUGCAAGUGAGUAAAAAGGUUAAGUUACUAAAAAAAGCUUUACAGAAAUGGAAUGUGGAGGUUUUUGGUAGAGUUGAAGUGAGGAUUAAGGAGAUUGAGAAGUGUUUAUUGGAGCUUGAACAAGAGGUGAAUGUAGAUUACUUAGAGGAAAGGGAGGCUGCUCUUUUGUUAUGCAAGCAAGACCAUUUGCAGUGGCUUCAAAGAGAGGAAAUUCUAGGGUGUCAAAAGUCGCGUAUCAAGUGGCUUUCAAAAGGUGACUCUAACAUGGCCACUUUGCGAGUUAAGAAGAAGAAUAAGGUCGUUGAUCGGAUCAAUAUUCCUAAUGGGCAAGCUUUGGAAUCAGUGGAUGAUGUAUAUGCUAGAGCUGUUAAUUUCUUCAGGGAGCUGUUGACCACAUCUAGUGUGGAUUUUGAUGAGGAUGCUUUAGAUUUGCUCAAGCCGUUGAUUUCAAAGCAAGAAAAUAGCCUCCUUUGUGCGCCACCAUCGCUGGAGGAAGUACGGGCGGCGUUGUGGUCCAUACCACAUGAUAGUAGUCCGGACCCAAAUGGUUAUAUGGCCAGUUUUUUCAUGAAUGCUUGGGAGAUUGUGAAUCAUGAUUUGUUGGCCAUGGCGAGAGAGUUUUUUUAA